UGGACGUGUCAUUUGUGGACAGCUCGCUGGCGGCGUUGCGCAGGUUCACUUUAGUAAAAGUCGAGUUGGAGUCUUAUUAUUGAACAAAUGUUGAAUGGUUUCAUCCGAAUUCAUCAGUAAUUAUUAUAGUUAGGAUAGAUAAAAUACAGUAAAACAAAAUGGGAAUCAAAUUCCUGGAAGUUAUAAAGCCAUUCUGCAGUAUAUUACCGGAAAUAGCAAAACCCGAGAGAAAGAUCCAAUUUCGAGAAAAAGUAUUAUGGACAGCAAUCACAUUAUUUAUAUUCUUAGUAUGCUGCCAGAUUCCAUUAUUUGGUAUAAUGUCCUCGGACAGCGCAGACCCCUUCUACUGGAUCCGUGUGAUCCUUGCUUCAAAUAGAGGAACGCUUAUGGAACUCGGUAUCUCUCCCAUCGUAACAUCAGGUCUCAUCAUGCAACUGUUAGCAGGUGCCAAGAUAAUUGAAGUUGGUGACACUCCAAAAGACAGAGCAUUAUUUAAUGGAGCACAAAAAUUAUUUGGUAUGGUGAUCACGGUAGGCCAGGCCAUUGUGUACGUAAUGACAGGCAUGUAUGGUGAACCCAGCGAGAUUGGUGCUGGAGUAUGUCUUCUCAUCAUUAUACAGUUGUUUGUUGCCGGACUUAUUGUGUUGUUGCUCGAUGAACUGCUGCAGAAAGGAUAUGGUCUGGGAUCAGGUAUAUCUCUGUUCAUUGCCACAAACAUAUGUGAGACUAUUGUAUGGAAGGCCUUCUCACCUGCUACUGUUAACACUGGUCGCGGCACAGAGUUCGAGGGCGCUGUGAUAGCUCUGUUCCAUCUGCUGGCGACUCGGCCGGACAAGGUGCGAGCUCUGCGCGAGGCCUUCUACCGCCAGAACCUGCCCAACCUCAUGAACCUGCUCGCUACAGUCCUCGUCUUUGCCAUCGUCAUAUACUUCCAGGGCUUCCGCGUGGACCUGCCGAUCAAAUCUGCGCGGUACCGCGGCCAGUACUCGUCGUACCCCAUUAAGCUGUUCUACACCUCCAACAUCCCCAUCAUCCUGCAGUCUGCACUCGUCUCCAAUCUCUACGUCAUCUCGCAGAUGUUGGCAGUAAAGUUCAGCGGCAACUUCCUAGUGAACCUCCUGGGCGUGUGGGCGGAUGUGGGCGGCGGUGGUCCAGCGCGCGCCUACCCGGUGGGCGGACUCUGCUACUACUUCAGCCCCCCGGAGUCUCUGGCGCACAUCGCACAGGACCCGCUGCACGCGCUCCUCUACAUUCUCUUCAUGCUCGGCUCCUGCGCAUUCUUCUCUAAGACCUGGAUCGAUGUCUCCGGAUCAUCCGCUAAAGAUGUUGCGAAGCAGCUGAAGGAGCAGCAGAUGGUGAUGCGCGGACACAGAGACAACUCUAUGAUCCACGAACUGAACCGCUACAUCCCGACGGCGGCGGCGUUCGGAGGUCUCUGCAUCGGCGCGCUCUCAGUGCUGGCCGACUUCCUCGGCGCCAUCGGCUCCGGCACUGGUAUCCUGCUCGCAGUCACCAUCAUCUACCAGUACUUUGAGAUCUUCGUCAAGGAGCAGGCCGAGAUGGGCGGCAUGAGCACACUACUCUUCUAAGACUACACAUAUAGCACGUAAAGUCUGACAGAUGACGUCACAGAAUUAAAAUAAUACGUCAUCAAAAAAAA